AUGCUCGCUAUACAACAUCCCAGGAUGGGUUCGACGCAGCCGUCAGACCCCAGUUUGCCCUUCGGCUAUGCCGUUGCCCCAAACCGUGACUCCGAAAAUGAUUUCCGUUUCGACCCUCCCGAUCUUCCGCCCGGCGAUCCUCUACUCAGCGACAAUGAGACGAAAUUUCUCAGUUCCUUCUUCGAGGACAUGUCCGCAGACCACUAUAGCAGCACAUCUUUUGGAGAAGGCCUCAACUUCAGUGAUGCGUGGUUGGACUUGCCGCCACAGUUCAUGGGGACGGCAACUUCUUUCGGUCAAUCCCCAGCACAGCCCUUGCCAUCCCCAGGGCAUGCCAAUGCCCACCUAGACUUUCCAGACAUGCUGUCCAUGGGCUCAAACCUCAUGCCUCCACCACCUCCACCACCUCAGCAGCACCAGCACCAGCAGCAGUCACAACAACAGCAACAGCAACAGCAAUCGCACCACAACCUGGAGCAACAUCAUUCCGCGGAUGUCCUGCAAGCUGCCACACUCCUGCAGAAUGGCUCGGCAUCACGAUCGAACAACAGUGGCUCCAGCGCGUUAUUCAGCAAUAGAGAAAUGACACAUUCUCUAGGGCCCCCGAUUGGGCACCUUCGACAUCAGCUCAUGGAGGAUUUCAAGCGUUCCGAGCGUGGCAACGUUGCCCAGGCAAACUUUGUGGAGGAUGAAGCUACCUUCUCAGACAUGUUCUUCGGCCCCGCGCCCGGCGAAAGAGUCUCUGCUCAACGAACAAGCCAGGCCCCUAUAGACGUCCAGUGGGGCACUGACGAACGAUUUAACCAUACGAACGCCUUUAAACCCGAUCCGAAAGAGACAUACGAGUCCCUAGCCAAGGACCAAUUGAGGUAUAUGGAAUGCCUCGAGCCAAGUCAGAGCACGAACAACACACGACCGCCAAGUCCGAACGGCGAGCACGCCUUGGGCAAGGGACACAGCCGGAAGUCUUCCGAGAUUCUGAAGAAGGAGGAUGACGCAGACGCUCCACCUCGCAAAAGAAGAAAGAGCAGAAAUGCGAAGGAGGAUCUUGAUGAGGAAGACGAGGAGAGUGGACCGUCGACGAAGGCGGCAAGGAAACGCAAGACCAAGACGGAACCUUCCGCAACCCCACCAGCAGAAAACGGGAGCGCCAGCCGCAGACGCAAAUCAGGUACCGGGGCCAAACCGCCCCGUGAAAACUUGACGGAUGCACAGAAGCGAGAGAACCACAUUCGGAGUGAGCAGAAGAGGCGUACGUUGAUUAAGGAAGGAUUUGACGACCUAUGCGACCUCGUUCCAGGCCUGAAAGGCGGUGGCUUCAGCAAGAGCACGAUGCUCACUAUGGCAGCCGAGUGGCUGGAAGACAUGCUCAAGGGCAACGAGGAGCUGAAGGCUCAACUGAACGCCUUCGAAGGAAGGUGA